CCCAACCGUCAUCAUCUCUUCUGCAGAUGUUGCAAAAGAAUUCUUCACUAACUAUGAUCGUAUUUUUGCUUCUAGAGCCUAUCUUCUUUCAGCCAGCAUACUAAACUAUAACUGUACCGAUAUUGGCUUUGCUCCCUUUGGAGAUUAUUGGAGACAACUCCGGAAGAUUUGCACAAUGGAGCUAUUAAGUCCAAGGCGUGUCCAAUCCUUCAGAUCAAUUAGGGAAAAAGAGGUUUUAAAUAUGAUCAAGUCAAUUGCUUUACAAGAGGGAUCAGCCGUUAAUCUUAGUAAAAAGAUUUCAUCAGUGACAUACAGCAUCACUUCCCUGGCCGCGUUUGGUAAAGGAAGCAAAUACCAUGCCAAAUUCAUGUUGGUUAGUGAUGAAGCUUUGAAGCUUCUGGGAGGUUUCAGCUUAGCAGACAUGUACCCUUCUGUCAAAGUUCUUGAAAGAAUCACUGGAAUUAGGAAAAGGCUGGAGAAGGUACACAAACAGGUCGAUGAAGUACUGGAAAACAUCCUCAGGGAGCACAAAGUUAAAAGAGCAGAACCAAAACCUGGAAGUGGAGAAGAAGCAAAGGAUCAGGAUCUGGUUGAUGUUCUUCUCAAAGUUCAGAGUUCAGGAGAAUUUGGAGCACAACUUACUGACAACAAUCUCAAAGCAGUCAUCUUUGACAUGUUUAGUGGCGGUGGAGACACAUCGUCAACUACUGCAGAGUGGGCAAUUGCUGAAAUGAUUAACAAUCCAAGAGUGAUGAAAAGAGCACAAGAUGAGGUACGUAGAAUUUUUGGUGAAAGAGGAACCGUAGAUGAAUCGCGAAUUCGUGAUUCAACAUACUUACAAGCAGUCAUCAAAGAAACACUUAGACUGCACCCUCCUGCUACACUUUUACCUGCAAGGGAAUGCAGCGAACGAUGCGAAAUUUAUGGAUACGAAAUCCCUGUUAAAACUAGAGUCAUCGUCAAUGUUUGGGCAGUUGGUCGAGAUCCCAACUACUGGACCGAUCCUGAGAAAUUCAACCCCGAGAGGUUUCUUGAUUCUCAAACUGAUUUCAGAGGGACAGAUUUUAAUUACAUACCAUUUGGCGCUGGAAGAAGGAUAUGCCCUGGAAUAUCAUUUGCUUUGCCUAAUAUUGAGCUACCUCUAGCACAAUUGUUGUACCACUUUGAUUGGAAGCUGCCAGGUGCAGUUGUGAAACAAGAACAACUGGACAUGUCUGAGACCUUUGGCUUGACAACCGGUAGAACACAGGAUUUGGAGUUGCUUCCAAUUCCUUACCACCCUUUUUCUAAUAAUUCGGUGGCUUGUUAGAAUAAACAAGUCUGAGUAGUGAACAUCACAUGCUAU